AUGGACGUCGCCGGCGGCGUCCUCGGUGGCGGCGAAUCCCGCCGCCUUCGCUUCGAGGUCGCGAUGAACAACCUCGACGCGGAGACGCACGGCGCGUACGGCGAGUUCCCGCUGACCGGGCUCCUGAGCGUCCUCGAGCACCCCGCCGUCGCCGCCGCGCUCGAGAGCGAGGGGUCGUCGUCGUGUUCGGACGACGACGGUUCGCGUUCCGUUGGGGGAUCAUCAUCGGAAGACGAAUCGUCGUCGGAAUCAUCGAGGAGCGCGUUUCGAGACGCGCUCGCGAUCGCGAACGACCCGUCGCGCGCGGAGCCCGUCCUCGUCGACGUCGGCUCUGGCGCCGGAAGGCUUCUGUUGGCGGCGGCGACGAUGAGGCCGUGGCGACGCGUCGUCGGCGUGGAAGCCUCGAAACCGCUCGCGGACCUCGGCGCGGCGGCGAUACGCAGGCUCGAGGCCGCGGGCGUGCUCAGAGAGGGCGUCGCCGCGUCGACGCACGCGGACGCGUGCUUGGGCGCGGGAGGAGGCGGUCGCAUGGGGACCGGCGCGACGUCGCCGGCGGACGCGGCGGUUUUCGCGGCUGCGAUCGACGCCGCCGCCGCGGAUCUCUCCUCCGCGACGCUCGCGCUGGCGUACUCGACCGCGUUCCCGUCCGAGGACGGUCUGCGGCUGCCGGAACUCUCUGCCGCGCUGAGCGCGGUGAUGCGGCGCGGCGCCGUAGCGGUGACGACGGACAAGUGGCUAGUCGGAGAGCGAUUCGCGUACAAGGGGAUGUUGAAGGUGAUCGGCGAGGAGGGCCCCGAGGACGUGAUCCGGGCGUUCGUGUGGAGGCUGAAGGGCGACGCGCCGGGGAUCGGGGAGGAUGGAAAAACGUUCACCGGGGAUGCGUUACGUGACGUCGUCGCGAACGAGAUGAAGCGCGUGGAGCUCGAAUGGAUGGACGACGAGGACGCGUGUUCGCAAAACCCUGAGGCGUGCGGCGACCUUCUGCUGUCGCUGGAAGAGCAACUCGGACCGGGCGAAGACGACGACGGCGCCGACGCCGUGGAAGUGUUGGGAUAG